CUGUGCCAAGUUCCCCAGGGGCCCUGCCCCGAGCAGUAUAAAGGGUGGCGAGUGAGGAAGCAGCACAGCCUCUCCAGCCCAGAGAGCGACCUGCCAGCAGCCUCGAGCACAGACCCCAGCCAUGAAGACCCUGCUCCUGACCCUGGGCCUCGGCCUCAUGGCUGCCCUGCGGGCCCAGACGCUCCCUGUCUGGGAUGAGGAGACCCAGGAUGCAUCAGGCACAUGGUACAUAAAGGCCGCGGCAGCCGACGAGGAGAUUCCCUGGAAGGAGCUGGAGUCUGUGUCAGUGACCCCCUUGACCAUCAAGACCCUGGCAGGGGGCCACCUGGAAGUCAGCUUCACUGUCCAGAUGGGAGGUCAGUGUCGGGAGAUAAGCACCGUGCUGGAGAAGACAGACGAGCCGGGCAAAUACACAGCCCACGGGGGCAAGCGUGUGGUGCACAUCCUGAAGUCCCAGGUGGACGGCCACUACAUCCUGUACAUUGAGGGGGAGAUGCACGGGCAGCAGAUCCGAAUGGCAAAGCUCGUGGGCAGAGACCCCGAAGUCAACCCAGAGGCCCUGCAGGACUUUGAGAAGGUCGCAGCAGCCAGAGGCCUCAACACGCAGAGCAUCUUCAUCCCCAAGCAAAGGGAAGCCUGCUCUGCGGGGAGCGACUAGGGUGUGGAGCUCUCUGGGCACCCUCUUCCCUGCUCUGACCUCCUGGAUGGAGCGGAAGAUCCCAGCGUGCCCACCACUGCAGCCUCCCUCGGCCUCCUCUCUGGGCUCCCUGACCCUCCCUCCUGUCCAGGGCAGGACGCCAAGCUCAGAGGCAGCCCCAGGAGGCCCCACCAGGACCUCUGACCUGCAGGACAUGGAGGGAGGCCCACCCGGGCCCAGCUGGCUCCCUCCACUGCCCUUUACGUCCCCCACCCUCCCGUCCUUCCUGAAUCUCCAUAAAGAGC